AUACCCUUUCGUGUUCCACUAAAAAUACCAAUAUUAAUAUCAGUUGUUACUAUUUCUGAAACCCUGGUAUGGGAAUGUCUUUAACAAACUUCGAUUCUUUGCCUGAGGAAUGUGUCUCUACAAUCCUGUCCUUCACUUCUCCACCUGACGCAUGUAGAUUCUCAAUGGUAUCCACAUCCCUUCGCUCUGCCUCUGACUCUGACAUGCUAUGGCUUACUUUCUUGCCCUCUGAUUACCGUUCCAUCUUUUCGAGAUCCAUGACACCCCUCGCCGUUGAUUUAUCCUCACGUAAGAACCUCUUUUACGCCCUCUGCCGCCCCCUUCUCCUAGAUGGAGGCAACACGAGCUUCAAAUUGGAUAAGUUUUCGGGUAAGAAAUCUUAUAUCUUAUCUGCAAGGGAGUUAUCCAUAGAAUGGGGCACCGAUCCAAUGUACUGGAGCUGGAGACCAAUGGCUGAAUCAAGAUUCAAAGAGGUGGCUGAGCUAAGAACAGUGAGUUGGUUAGAGAUUGAAGGCAAAAUCAACACCAAGAAUCUAACACAAAACACGUUAUAUGGUGCAUAUCUAAUCAUGAGGGUCUCACACCGUGGAUAUGGCCUUGAUUCUGUGCCUUGUGAAGUAACAAUUAUAGUUUCAAACAGGGUAAUUAAGAGUGGGAAAGCGUAUCUGUGGCAAAAGGAUGAGAAGAAGGGCAUUAAGGAGAAUUCUCUUGAUGGAAUUCCUGUUCCUUCAAGAAGAGAAGAUGACAAUGGGUGGAUGGAGAUUGAGAUUGGUGAGUUCUUUAGCUGUGAAAGGGAUGAAGAGGUCAAGAUGAGUGUCAUGGACAUUGGUUACCACUUGAAGGGAGGGCUUAUCAUUGAAGGCAUUGAAGUAAGACCAAAAUAAGUUUGUGAAAGGCUUCUAUAUUGUGAUAUCUUUUCUUUUGGGUCACGUUUUAAGAUAUUUACGUGGCGUUUAUUUUAAUAUUCAAAAACUUUUUAUCUAAUUCUUAAAUUAUAUUUUGUAUUUAUUAA